UGCAUAUUCAUUGAUCAACCACCUCUCUCUUCUGUAUAUUAGAACUACAGGCAAGAGAAAUCUCAUCACACGACAAUUUACCUAUAUAGGAUCUUUCAUACUUAGGAGGUCUUGUAGUUUUGAUAUAUCAUACUAGGUAUUCUUUCAUUAUCUACAACGAACUGAGAGAAAGAAAAACAAUUUGAUUGAUAGUCUCAGCACACCUGCAAAACAAAGUGGCGAGCACAUCCAGAUCUUUUGGUGGAAAAGGAAAAGAGCUUUUCAAUGAUUCAAUAACACGGACUGGAAAUAUCAAGGAGGCUACGCGAUUGAAGAGGAGAUUUCGUAAAAGGGAUUGUGAGAGUGACGAUUCCGGAGUGGGAUAAUUGGAGGCGCAUACUUCAAGGUGCGCAAUUGCAGACUCGCAGUUCGCAGACACAUCAUACUGGUUCUCGCGUUCUGGAGCUUGCAAAAUUGCAAUUGAGGCUGGAAAUCGAUUCCCAGAUAUAUGUUAAGGAAAUAAACCGGCGGACAAGAAAUAAAGGGAAUAGCCAAGAUGCCUACUCUUUCAACGACUAAUUUCAACAUUGUAUGUGCCGUCCUAGGCGGUUUCAUUACUUUGUUUGGAUUGGUGUCUUAUUUGUUCAAGGAGAAGUUUUAUCUUUCUGAAGCACGUAUGUUUCUUUCCUUCUCCUUUUUGCCCUGAUUACCCGGCAGACAAUGGCUAAUUUAUAUCUAAAUAGUAAUCUCCCUUCUCUUUGGCGUCGCAAUGUCUCCACAUGCAGCAGACUUCGUUCGACCCCUCGAUUACACAGGAUCCGUCGCAAACCUCAACACAGCCACACUUUAUUUUAGCCGUCUAGUUCUAGGCAUCCAGCUUGUCCUCGCCGGUGUCCAGUUACCCUCUCGCUACCUCAAAUUAGAAUGGAAAGCCCUCUCCCUCCUGCUAGGUCCUAUUAUGAGUGUAAUGUGGCUUGCAAGUUCGCUGUUGGUUUGGGGAAUGGUUCCCAACCUUUCAUUCUUGCAUGCAUUAGCCGUUGGGGCUUGUGUUACGCCUACUGAUCCGGUAUUGAGUAAUAGUAUUGUGAAGGGAAAAUUUGCGGAUAAGAAUAUUCCGAAGGAGUUGCAAAAGAUUAUUGUGGCGGAGAGUGGGGCAAAUGAUGGAUUGGGAUAUCCGUAUCUGUUUUUGGCUUUGUAUUUGAUAAAGUAUACUGGACAUGGUGGUGAGCUUUUCAAAUUCAUUGCCGGUUUACUUCUAUAUUCAAAAUAUGUGCUAAUCGUUCAUUAUAGGAGCCGGUCAAACUGGAGGUGCUUCUAAAGCUAUGGCACUCUGGUUUGGAGAAACGUGGGCUUAUACCAUCAUACUCAGUGUCAUCUAUGGAGCUACUGUUGGCUGGAUAGCCAAAGAACUACUCCAUUGGGCCGAAGAAAAGAAAUUCGUGGACAGAGAAAGUUUCCUCGUAUUCGCUAUUACCUUGGCUUUAUUCAUAGUUGGCACUUGUGGCAUGAUUGGUAGUGAUGAUGUUUUGGCAUGUUUUAUUGCUGGAAAUGUCUUUACUUGGGAUGAUUGGUUUCGUCUUGAGACAUUAGAUGAUUCGCUUCAACCUACUAUUGAUAUGUUACUAAAUUUGAGUAUCUUUAUAUGGUUUGGGGCUAUUUGUCCUUGGGCUUCAUUUGCUACUAAUAAUGUUAUUCCAAUUUAUCGAUUGAUAUUUCUGGGUAUUUUGAUAUUACUUUUCAGGUAAGCUGUUUCACUAUAUUUCCCAGUUUGAAUAGUACUAGAUGAUAUAUUAGUUGUCAAAACUUGUACUGACUUCUACAAAUAGACGUCUACCAAUUGUCUUUGCGUUACAUAAAUUUAUACAUCAAAUUGAGGAAAAACGUCAAGCUAUUUUCGUCGGGUUCUUUGGACCAAUCGGAGUUAGCGCUAUCUUCUAUCUUUACAUCUCACUCGAAUUCCUUGAAACAAUCACAGUAGAUGGUGUUCAACGGGAAGAUGCAAAACAUCUAGCAGAAGUUAUCACAGUUGUCGUUUGGUUUUUGACAAUUUGUAGUAUUGUAGUCCAUGGACUUUCAAUACCAUUAGGCAAAUUAGGCUUCUUCCUACCAAGAACAUUAAGUAGAGCAUUCACAAGUCAGACAAAUAGUCAAACCACUUUGGCCAUUGGGGCUAGAGUUUAUAGUUCAAAUGCAGGGGUGUUAAGGGAGAGGAGAAGAGGAAAUGCUGGUGCAGACGGAAGUGGAAGUGGAACGGCAAAUGGAAGUGUAGUAGGAAGUGGAACUUCCGGACCAGCUUUGAGUUCGGGAACGAGCUCAAGACCAAUUUAUAGGAUUGGUGGGAGUGUUAUUCGUUCCGGUGCUGCGGGGAGUGGAGUGGGUAGUGGAACGGAAGUCUCGGAUGGGAGUCCUAUUGGUAUGGUUGACGGGGUGGUGGAGGGGAGGACGAUUAGGUUUCCCGAUGAGGAGGUGCAUGUUGUUGGGAGUGUGACGGGGAGGGAUUCGGAGGUUUAGGGUAGGUAGGGCAGCGUGGUGCUGGAGAUAGUGAUGGUGAUGAGGAUAUGGGGCAUGUGUGGUUCGAAAUUUGUGGUUGAGAGGAAUAUCUUCACGGGUGAAGAAAAAGAAUCAAGGCGAGAUACAGACAAAUGUCCAGGAUUUAAUGGUUACCUUGAGAAAUUAGUGCGAUGUUACAAUAUUGAAUAUUGUAGCGUGGAUAACGAUUUUCGGACCGAAAGAAAGAGAGAGAAAGUAGAGUAGAGUAGAUUAAACUAGAUUGAUACAUAUUGGAUGGAUAGGCAAUAGAUAUAACUAUGGGUAUGGCGAUGCUUU